AUGUCCUCUCUCUUCUCUUCUUGUCCGGGUACUUGGUUGUCAUUUCCAAGUCUCCCCUUUUCCGACGCCACGGCCACGGUCAACGACUUCUGCCUGUUCACAAUCCCAUCGCUACCUGCCCUCAUCAGCUUCUCCCCCACCCGCGAUCGACUCGCCGAACCGGGGCAUUCUUUCCGCGGAGAGGGCAGCUUCGAGGGGGGUCUGGCAAGCCUGGAAGCUUUAGACAUCCCUGAACACGCAGUCUCUAAAGCUCCUCUGUCAGCCGGGCGCGUGUCUCCCAAGGGCACUCCAGCCUGCUCGCUUUCAGAUAUCAGCGUGUUGUGA